AUGGCGGCUCCGGGUGAAGGUCGCAUGGACAUUGCAACUGCAGCGAGUGUUAUCGGCAAUAUGGUGCGCAGUUUUUCGAAUUUGCGCUUUAUUUUGCUUGUGGGUAUCGCGGGUGGAGUUCCGACUGUGAGAGACGUCCGGUUAGGUGAUGUUAUGGUCGGCGUCCCCGCGGAGUCGGAGGGCGGUGUUACUGUGAGGCGCCUCAAAGCAACGCAUAUCACGGCCGGGGACGGUCUCGAGGAUCGCAUUGCCACGGCCAUUGCAGGAUUUCGGCGAGGCAAGAAGAUCUUCUCUCGCCCGACUACUGACAUGCUGUACAAGGCGAGCUACACGCAUCCUCGAGGACACGGAGCAGAUCUCGUCUUGUUAGUUGGCUGGAAAGACGGAGAGGCUGAGCUUAAGUUGAAGGUACGAAGGGCAAUUUGUAAAGGAAAGAACGAUAGGCAACCAGAGCAUAUCAUGCCCGAAAGGAUAUCCUCAAACUCCGGCCCGCCGCCUCUGUAUUCACAACAAAUGCUCUUUUGGCUGGCAAACAUGAUCUCUUCUAAAGUCAUAAAAGGGAAUCCUUCAUUGCAAGAAAUCUUGCAAAUUGUGCCUCAAGAGGGCCGAAACCACCGAAUCCUAUCGUUCGCGGAUGAUCUGAAAGACCAUCCAGUCUUUCCCAUGUGGACGAAGACUGGUUCUGAGCACAAUGCGAGAAGCUCAAGUAGCGUAUCACAGCAUAUUUCAGAUUGGGCAAAGCGCGCAGGAUUCGUAAAUGGUAUUGGCGGCCUUCAUAGCGCACGAAGGGAAGCCCUUGUCAAAGCCAACGGGGAUAAUGGUCAAUCGGUCGAGCAGCUCCAACUGUUUGCGGACCAUAGAAGCUCAUCAGUUCUUCAAAGGCACUAUUUGGGUGCAAUGAACACAGUGGAUGGCGUGGCAAGCUACUUGGGGAUGGAUAUCAGGCGUGAUCUUACUGAAGACUUCCGAUCGGCAACGAUGAAAUGGGACAGCGACCUGGCUUUGCAACUUCCGGCACGGGAAGUCGACCAGCUGAAACAAGACGAGGAAUAUAUUCGACUGAAAGAAUAUAUCUCUACACUUAACACUCUCAUCGACGGCGGCCUUUUCAAAAAAGAGGAACACGAGCAACAUAUAGCCGCUCGCAAAAAGGCGUACGAAGAUUGUCGAAGGUUCGUGAAACAAAAGCUUCAAGAAUACCGGCAAUGUGCAACUGAUCAGCAGAGCGAUUGGCACCGGGACCACCUUUCUCGCAUAAUUCACAUGAUGCCUGAACGCCACCGGCUGCUCCGCACUUUGGCUCAGAGAGAACCGCUUCGAAGUCCAACAGGCAUUUCAGCGCUGGAAGAUCGUAUUGCUCUUCGCACAGGGGACUGGCAGGUCGCAUACCAAUCUCAGCUAAGGCCUAAAAACGGCAUAUGCCCCGUGGAAUUCUGCAAUAAAAUGAUUGAAAGGUAA